AUGACAUCAAAAAACAACGAUUCAUCCAUGAGGAUUGAUGAAACUUCCUCUCAACAACAACUCGUAAUCAAACAACCCACACUCAAAAGAAGACGUUUCUUUGCAGAGAGUGAAGAUGCAUCACAUUCCACUCUUGUUGAAAGAAUUGAAAAGUCCGAUGAACAUCCUACAACUCCUUCAUCUCAAAAUAAUGUGAAUGAUGAAGAAACAAUUACUGCAACAGAUCGUUUAGAGUUUGAACGAGGACUCUCAAGAAGAAAACGAAAAACUCUCAAAAAGCAAGAAAAGAGAGAUCGGAGAAUGAAAUUAGUUGAGAAAAUAAAUGAAGUACACGCCAAAGAUGACGACAAGAAGAAGAAAUCAACAAACAAGAAUAAGGAGACUGUGACAUUUAAUUUUGAACCGUUUAGUAAAUUAUUGGCAGAAGAGACCACCAAUGAUGUCCAUCAACAAUCUCAACAACAACAUAAAACAACGACAAAUGUUAUCAAAAAGAAGAAUAAGAAUAUGAAAAGUGAAAUUCUACAAUUUACUAAUGUUGUAAAUCAUCCUGUGUUUCAGUCAAAUCCUUUAGCAAGUAUUCAAUUGCAUUUGCGCAACAAGAUGGCAUCUAUUCAACAACCACCACAUCACACUUCACAACAAGGUUCAAAGACAACUCAAAGAAAUGAAUUAUCUGGAAAACAAAAUUCAAAGACAACAUCGGCUGUUCAGAAGGUUAGAAGAAAAAUCAAACUCAAGAAAAGAUCUGACGAUUCAUUCGAUCCUACACAGACUGUGGAUGAAGGUGUUGGAAAAAGAAAGAGAAAUGAUUAA